AUGUAUUCAUGUGCUGGCGUAUGUUCAUAUGAAGGCCGAGGAGGUCUCUGUGACAUAGCUCUCAGUGAACCUUUGCUAAAACUACGUCCAAGGAAAGACCUAGUUGAAACUCUUCUACAUGAGAUGAUCCACGCCUUUCUGUUUAUCACCAGCAGGGACCGUGAUAGAGAUGGUCACGGACCUAAUUUUCAAUCGCACAUGCACAGAAUUAAUAAAUUGGCUGGAGUCAAUAUUACAAUUUAUCAUGAUUUUCAUGACGAGGUCAAGCUGUAUCUAACGCAUUGGUGGCGUUGCGACGGGCCGUGUCAAAGUAGGAAACCGUAUUUCGGUGUCGUGCGCCGGUCAGCCAAUAGGGCUCCGGGGCCUGCUGAUCACUGGUGGAAAACUCACCAAAAAACCUGCGGCGGGACAUUCGUCAAAAUCAAAGAACCCGAAAAUUACGGCAUCAAGAAGGCUUCAAAGCCCAAAGCAGAUACUACAAAGCCCACAGCAGAUAUUACAAAGUACAUAAAUAACAAUAACAACAGAAAUACGAUUGAUAAAAAUAUUCCACAAGCGAAUAAAACACAGCCUAAAAGCGUCUUGGGAGACCGUAGUAAUGUGCCUUUUAUAACUAAAGCAGUUGUUAAAACGAACAAGAAUAGCACUAUUGUUAUAACGCAAAAAGGGGCCUUGUUUAGUCCUGUGGUUAGUAAGAAAAAAUCACCAAAUGUUGAUAAAGAUAAAAUGGACGGCGGUAGGAAUAGGACCCAAUCUGCCAACGUGUUGGAGACCGUAAGGAGCGUGUGGGCGAACAAACAGCUGCCUACCGUUCAAAACCUUAACUUAAAUGCAUUCAAAGGGAAAAAUAUUACAAAAUCUAGACAAAGCACUUGUAAUGAUUCUACGAAAUCAAACAAACACAAAGCCAGCGUUCUAGACGGCUCGCCACCUAAUAAAAUAAAGAAAAUAGACGAUUACUUCAAAAAGGUAGCGACGACCGUAUUGAAAGAUGUCUACGGAGAAGAUUUCAACAUAUCCCAAUCAAAGACUGACAACAGAUUGAUAGCGGCCAAAGCUAAAAUGGUUGAUUGUCCAAUAUGUAAAGUGAAAAUUAAAGAUGAUGAAAUUAAUGGACAUUUAGACGAGUGCUUGAAUAAAGAUGUAAUAGAAAAAUUGAGCAAAGACAAUAUACAAAGCAUUAAUAUAGAUACAAUUCCAACUGUGAUACCUAGUAAUAGUUUAGAUAAUACCAAAUUAAAAACUGUACCCACUUCAGAUAUUACUUAUCAUUCAAAACAUUCCAGUACCAUUAAAAUUAAAAGUGUCGACGAAUAUAUACCAGUUAAUCUAGCUGACAUAAGUUGUAUCAAAAAGGAGACAUCGAUAAUAACAAAUCUGACUGCACCGAAACGGUAUAGCAUCACCGAUGAUACACCAACGAAAAAUUCGAAAGACGCCUUCGAUCAGAAAGAUCUCAACAAGGUGAAAUCGAUAGCGAAGAAGAUUAACUACGAGAAACACCCCGUAAAAUCCGGUCAGAUCGAACCUGCUAGUAGAGAGGGGGCGGUCGACUUCGGCUAUCUGCCGUCGUUCUUGGACGACGUGGCUUGCGAGAUCAAACUGCCGGCGGUGAAGAUCGAACCCGGAGCAUUACGAGCCACGAGGCCCAAGUGUCCGUGCUGCGGUGACGUAAUAGACCGGCCGAUAGAACAGCACCUGGACGACUGCCUCGCCUUCUUCGGCAACGGCACCACCGCUCCCGUGGAGGGGGCGUCCACUAGCUUCGCGAACGAAACGAUAGUCAUCGACGAUGAUGAUGACGCCUUCGACGAGAGCCAGACCCUCAACGCCACGGGAACCAAGAGCCCCUGCCCGUGCUGCCUAAAGAUGGUCGAGCAAGUGGACAUGAACGACCACCUCGACGUGUGUCUAGCG